CGCCGCCCGCUGAAGAGAGAGGAAAGACGGCCAUGGCGAGCCCCGCAGCCUCGUCCGUGCGACCGCCCAGGCCCAAGAAAGAGCCUCAGACCCUCGUCAUCCCCAAGAAUGCGGCGGAGGAGCAGAAGCUGAAGCUGGAGCGGCUCAUGAAGAACCCGGACAAAGCAGUUCCAAUUCCAGAAAAAAUGAACGAAUGGGCACCUCGACCUCCUCCAGAAUUUGUCCGAGACGUCAUGGGUUCCAGUGCCGGGGCUGGCAGCGGAGAGUUCCACGUCUACAGGCACCUGCGGCGGAGGGAGUACCAGCGGCAGGACUACAUGGACGCCAUGGCUGAGAAGCAAAAAUUGGAUGCAGAGUUUCAGAAGAGACUGGAAAAGAAUAGAGUUGCUGCAGAGGAGCAGACGGCAAAGCGCCGGAAAAAGCGCCAGAAGUUAAAAGAGAAGAAGUUAUUGGCAAAGAAGAUGAAACUUGAGCAGAAGAAACAAAAAGAAGGACCCAGUCAGGCCCAGGAGCAGCAGGCCAGCAGUUCCGAAGAGGCAUCUGGAACAGAGGAGGAGGAGGAAGAGGAGGAGCCCACCUUUGUCAUGGGGCGAUGAGGUGUUUCCACAGCGGCUUUUGCCAGUCUGGCUCUCUCUGUGGCCAGGGCCUCAGAAAACCCUCAUCGUGAUGAGAAGGGAAAGGAGGCAUGUGGCCCAGCUGUCAGGACUCGCCGUGUUGAGCGCAGGCAGGAACACUUACAGCUUGAAGCCUUACUGUCUGGGGACAGCUUGCCUGCGGUCCUUCUGCACUCCUCUUGAAGGGAGAGUGCUUCACCCCAUCACUGGCGCCUGCCUGCUGCUUGGGCAGCAAUGCCCGGGCUGGUUUCUGUGAAGGGAAUAUUUAUUUAGUAAAGAGCAGAAAACCUGUUGGUUUUGUUCAGA